AUGGGCUCCAAAAGCGUCACCAAUGUGGUCACCCAGAACUCAAUCGCCCUCAAUGCCUACAUCUACGGCUACGCCGGCCACUCGCUGGUCACUCCCCACGCCCCUCUGCAGCAGCUGUGGUGGACCCAAGAGCGCAUUGAUGCCAAAGUCACUGCCGACUUCGUGGCUUCUCGCCUGCGCAAGGACGAACGUGACCUGCUCACCCAGCCUCUGGCCUUUGGCGAUGGCCUCACCGACGACACCUACCUGGAAUGGAUCAUGGAGAAGGCGAGGCGACUGUUCUUGAUCCUGUGCGAAGUCGGCGCCCCCGACCAGAUCUUUGGGGUCAUCGACGAUUCUUGGGACGACGAGGACCUGCCUAUUUCCCUGGACAACGUCGAGCGCCUCGCUCUCUCUCGCAAAAAGGACGACCAGCUCAACCGGAAAUUCUACCAGACCCAGUUCACCUUCCUACUCCGCACCCUUAGCCGCGGUGCUCACGUCGACUAUGGCCCGAACGAAGUCAUCCCCAUCGAGCACGUCUACAAGCUGCCCCCCGCCGCUGUCUUGCAGCACUGGCCGCGCAUCCACUUCCCCCAGAAGCCAGACCAUGUCUUCGUUCGUAGACGCAUUUCUUUCGGCGAGGACGCUGAGCUAGAGAAGGAUGGGUUUUUGAAGGACAUCGCCGCCGCUCAGGAAAUCCAUCACGCCCAUAUUGCUCCGGUCUGGGCCUCCUACACGGCCAAGGGACAUGGUUUUGUCGUCUCCUCCUUCGUCGGACAGCAUACCCUCAGAUCCUUCAUUGACCACAGAACACCGCCCCUGUACAUGAGACUGUCCCUGCCCGAACGUCGCGCUCUUCUCUUGAAUUGGAUGCAUUGCCUCGCUGAUGCCGUGGCUACAAUGCAUGGCCACGACGUCACUCACGGGGCCAUAUUGCCAUCCAACAUUCUGAUUGACGACCACGGCAGCGUAGCCUUCAGUGACAUUGGUUCGCUCAAGUCACUGCAGCGGGACAAAAAGAUAACGCCCGAAGAGAUCUACAACUAUGCUCCCCCGGAAGCUCACGAACAGAGUCUAGCAAACCUUCUCGCACCCGUGUCCAGCCCGACCAAAAGCAAAAAUCGCAGAGCCUCCAUGGACAGCAACGCGUCAUCCCACGGGUCCCAAGCCAGUACCAAGACAGCAAGAAGGAUACACCACUUUGCGAACGCCAGUUUGUCCGCUUUCGAUCUUAGUUACAACAAAGCCCCUUCAGAACCGAACACUGCACUUGCGUCCAGCGAAGUUGCAGAUGUAUUCUCCCUGGGCUGCGUGUUCCUCGACAUCUUGACAUUCAUGAUCGAGAAGAAGCCAUCGAGUUUCGUCAAACACCGGACCACCAAGCACAAAACACCUGCCAAGAGCGGCUCGCGCAGUGACUCGUCUUUUCACAGCAACCUCGACAAACUUUACAGCUGGAUGCAGCACCUCGAGGCCGCCGCCAUGGAGCACGAAGAAAUACACUUUAGAGCCGUGAAGCCGAUGCUCGGGCUCGUCAAGGACAUGGUCCAGCCUGUUCCCGAAGCGCGUCCGUCGGCCUUCAGCGUUGCAGGCCGGCUUCGCGAUCUUUUGGCCGAUCACGCUGGCAUGGUAAACCUGCACUGCGAGCCUCAUGAGCUGGCAGUGGGACGCCUCCACAGCGGACCCCUGUCCCCCCGCUCGGAUCUGCACGCCAUUCCUGAAGAUGGUGUCGAUGAUGACGAGUCGGUGGCGGUGGAUGACACUUGCACCGUCGCUGAUGAGGCCAAACUGCGUUAUUCCGUCGCGGAUUCCAUGAUGAGCGAUACGACAGCUGUCGGUUCGAUGCGCGCCUGGAGCAUCCGAUCCAAGUCCAUCACCUCGGCCAUUCACGAGAUGCCGAUGCCAUGGACCAGGAAGAACUCGCGGGAUGCGACGACAUGA